GGAGUCGGAGCCAUGGAGCCGCCGCUGCCGGGCUAGGGAGGGCUGGCGCCGCGGGGCCCGCGGCGAUGGCGGGCUACGCGCGUCGCCCCGGCGUCGCCCCGCUGUCCCGGGCCCGGAGCCUCGUCAUUCCGGACGCUCCCGCGUUCUAUGAGCGCCGGUCUUGUCUCCCCCAGCUAGACUGUGAGCGCCCCCAAGCCAGGGACCUGGAGUCCCACUUCUUCGGCAUUCGGCCGACGUUUAUGUGCUAUGUGCCCAGUCCGGUGCUAGCUUCCGUGGGAGACACAGAUUUGGGCUAUGGAAAGGGGAAAGGCACUAUGCACGGUCCAUCAGGAGCCCAGAACACACACUUUGGAGGUGAGAAACUUGGAGAUCUUGAAGAGGCAAAUCCAUUCUCCUUUAAAGAGUUUCUGAAAAGCAAGAACCUUGGCCUGUCGAAAGAGGAAACUGACAGCAGAAUUUAUUCAAAGGAAGCCACGAGGCACUCGCUGGGACUCGGCCGCAGCUCCCCCACCUCCCAGGCCAUGGGGUAUGGCCUGGAGCAUCAGCAGCCGUUUUUCGAAGACCCGACGGGGGCUGGCGACCUCCUGGACGAGGACGAGGACGAAGGGUGGGACGGGGCCUACCUGCCGUCUGCCGUAGAGCAGACCCACUCCUCCAGGGUUGCCGCCAGCACGUCGCCCUGCAGCACCUAUGUCUCCUUUUUCUCCAACCCGUCGGAGCUGGUGGGGCCUGAGUCUCUGCCUCCGUGCAUGCUGAGCGACUCCGACUCCCGCGUCUCCCCAGCCGGGAGCCCCAGCACCGACUUCACAGUCCACGGAGAGUCUCUGGGGGACAGGCACCUUCGGACGCUGCAGAUAAGCUACGAAGCACUGAAAGAUGAAAAUUCUAAGCUAAGAAGAAAGCUGACCGAGCUUCAGAGCUUCUCUGAAACGCAAACAGAAAUAGCAAAAUCAACCCCACUUGACAAUGGAGCAGCAGAGCUGUCAGACGGCCCCAGGGCGCCCCUGACCGCCAGCCAACUGGCAUCCAGCUCUGAGGUGGUUGCCUCACAGCUGUUCCUCCCAAGGGUGAGGACGCUCGAGCGGAAGUUAGAAGCGAAAAUGAUCAAGGAGGAGAGUGACUACCAUGACCUGGAGUCGGUGGUGCAGCAGGUGGAGCAGAAUCUGGAGCGCAUGACCAAACGGGCAGUAAAGGCCGAAAAUCACGUCCUAAAACUGAAACAGGAAAUCAGCUUGCUCCAGGCGCAGGUCUCUAACUUCAAGCACGAGAACGAAGCCCUGCGGUCAGGCCAGGGUGCCAGCCUGGCAGUGGUGAAGCAGAACACCGACGUGGCCCUGCAGAACCUCCGCGUCGUCAUGAACAACGCGCGCGCCUCCGUCAAGCAGCUGGUUUCUGGAGCUGAAACGUUGAAUCUUGUUGCUGAAAUCCUUAAAUCUAUAGACAGAAUUUCUGAAAUUAAAGAUCAGGGGGAGGAGUCUUGAGACCCACGGAGGUGCUUCCAGCUCACAGCUCUGUUUACAUCCUGAAACCAUUACCCGAUGGAUUCCAACAUGCCACCAUGUCUCUGAAUGUGGAGUCUUCACACACAGUAAAGAUACCUAUCACAAGAUACUAAUUUCACGGCCUGGAACAGUAUCAUGAGCCGCACACAGGGAGGAGCAGCCCCUGGGUGCGAGAGCCGCACCUGUGCUCCGUGUAGCCCUCCUUGGUGAGCUACGGGUGCUGAUCAUCUGCUGGAAGACAUUUCUAUAAAAGCCGGUGCUUUUUUUUAGAGUUACUAAACAAAAACAGCAAUUCUGUGAUGAGUGUUUUCCAUUGUCAUUCUAGAAUAUGAACUGUAAGAUAAGUUCAGUUGAUCGUCUUUGCUUUCGUAAGUAGAGAAAAACACUAAAUGAGUCACAACGUAAGCGCUCGCCUCAAACAGGGACCUGUGCCUUACUGGCGGUGCUCUGCACCCCCUCUGGCUCACAGCCCACUCCUUCAGCUUCAGGGUGGGGGUGGGGGCUCCUGUGGUUGGUGACCUGAGCGUGGAUGCCCCACGAGGUGGUUGCCAUUAUCUUCCCGCAGGGAUCAAGGUCAGCACGGGCAUUCCACGGUGGGGCACCACCUAAGUGCACUGGAAAACUGGUUUUGGCUGGAGGGUUUUGCUACUCAUUCCAAGCGGCAUCUUGUAGGAUGACAUGUAGGAUUCAGGGACUUGGAGCGAGGCAGAGCCUUCCCAGGUCAGGGCGAUGUCUCCCCGGGUGCCUUUCCAAUCCCUUCCUGUUGGAGGGGAGGCGUAACAUGCACUAGAUGCCUUUUUGGCUGUUUUCCUACGGAUGUUAUUUUUUUAACUAAACGUCCUUUUUGCAUCCUGUUCAAAUUGACAGUUUUCUUAUUUAAUAAAUUCUAAAAUUCA